AGCAGGGCACGGCACCAGACGCGCCCAUGGACCCCACCGGCGUCGACGGCGAUUCCGCGGCGGCGAGGGGGAGCGGAGGCGGAGGCGGAGGGGGGACAGGGGCCGGCCGGUGGGCGGUUGGCGCGGUGUGUGGGGGGCUGGUCUACUACCACUGCGCGGUACGGCGAGCCAGCGCGGUGUCCCUUGCAGCAGACGUGCUCCUCGUCCUCCUCUGCUCGCUCUCCAUCCUCGGCCUCCUCUUCCGCCACCUCCACAUCUCGGUGCCUGUGGAUCCUCUUGAAUGGCAGAUCUCUCAGGAGAUGGCAAAUAGCAUAGUUGCAUCUUUAGCCAAUACAGUAGGAGCUGCUGAGUCUGUAUUAAGGGUGGCUGCAACUGGACAUGACAAGAAGCUGUUUUUCAAGGUGGUUUCUACAUUGUAUUUUCUAGCAGCUUUGGGAAGGGUGGUGUCAGGCGCUGCCGUUGCGUAUGCUGCCCUAUGCAUCUUCUGCCUCUACAUGUUUGCACAAAGCACCGAUCUGUUUGAUCAGCUCCCUUCUUGGGUCCCUGUGGGUAGGGAUUCUUUGGGCGGUACUCAGGAUACCGCGUGAUUUUCCACAUGUACAUGGAUUGCAGAGUUUUUCUUCUCUUCCACUGUCUGUAUAUGGUCUUGCAGGCUAAUAGCUUGAACUAUAGCAUCUAUCUCUGCCCCCACGGUAUUACAACUGUACCCAGUGUUUAGCAAUGGAGUAAUGAUCUUUGUAUAUAUAUAUGACACGUUUGCAACUUGCCAGAUGCCAGUGAUGCAUCCUGUAUGUUUUCGGAGCUCAUUGCAGAUCUCUCUGGCUUGACAUGGUUGUUGGUCGUGAGAUUUUGUGAUGGUGUGUUUUGCCUGUAAUCUAAAUAUCUAAUAAAGAUCUGUCUUUCAUC